UAAGAAAGCAUAUCCCUUUUCAUAAAGGUCUAUAUAUAUCUUAGUUUCUUAAUCUUCACAAACCAUAAGAGAGCUAUAUUAAUUAUGGGGAGUGCAUCCUUUUCUUCCGAGAUGGUUAAGAUAACAGGUUUUGUGAGUCUCCUAUGCUUUAGCUUCGGUCUUUAUGGGUGCAAAGGGUGUCUCCAGGAGGAGAGGACUGCUGCCUUACAAUUUUGGGAUUUUUUCAACUCACAUGGCUCUACUGUUCAUACGAAGUUGGAGGGAGAUGAUUGUUGUCAAUGGGCAUUUCUGGGCUGCAACUUGUUUAAUUCGACGAACCGUGUGGUUAUCAUUGAUCUUUUCAACCAAAAUUCAGGAGCGGAAAAAUUGUACCCGAAUGCUUCUUUGUUUACUCAUUUCAGAGAAUUACAAACUCUAGAGUUAAGUUAUAACAACAUCGGAGGUUGGAUUAUGCCAGAAGCAUUAUGUGAACUAAGGAAUCUCGAAGUGUUGUCUCUAAUUGGGAACAGUCUGGACGAUGGAGGGCUUCCAAGGUGUCUUGCACGCGACCUUCCAUUUUUGAGAGAGAUUUACCUAGAGAGCAAUUCUCUCAACUUAUCAUCUCCUCUUUUAUCAGCAAUAUGUGGAUUAAGGAAUCUUCGUGUGUUAGAUCUAAGCAAUAAUGUUCUAAGUAAUGGAAGCUUUCCACCUUGCAUGUUGGGUACAUUCUCUUCUUUGGAAGAGCUCUACUUAGGGAACUUUACCCUUGAACAAUCGUCUUCUAAUGUCCUAACAGCGUUACAAGGAGCAAGAAAUCUUCAAUACUUGGAUCUAAGUAAUAACAAUCUCAGCGAUGGAAGUAUGAGAGCAUUAUGUGAAGCAAGAAAUGUUGGGAUAUUGAAUUUAAGUUAUAGCAAUCUCAAUGUGGAACAUAUACCACAUUGUCUACAACAAAAUCAUUCUUCUUUGGAAGAACUCAUUCUAAGAGACACUUUUGCCACCAAAGACUCGGAUGCUCUUCUAGAAGGAUUAAUAUGUAGAUGGAAGAAAUUUAAAAGGUUGGAUCUAAGUAUGAAUGAUCUCAAUGAUGAAAGAUUACCCUCUUGCCUAUUGCAUAACAACUCUAUGCUCGAAGGCCUUGAUCUGUCAUCGAAUAAUUUAAAAGGUUCACUCGGAUUCUCAAUAGGGCUUUGUAAACUAAGGAAGUUACGGUACCUGUAUCUUAGAAACAAUUCAAUUGACAAUAUCAGUUGGACAUGUUUAAGCAGCCAAUUGAAUUCUUUGCAGAGGCUUGAUCUUUCUCAAAAUCAAAUACCAGGCACCAUUCCUCCUUUUGUUUCUAACCUAACCUCUCUUGUCAAUCUUGAUCUUUCCAGCAAUAAGUUGGAAGAAGUGGUCUUCUUCUCUAUGUUUGCAAAUCUUUCAAAACUUGAAGAGAUUAACCUUUCAAACAAUAGAGAUUUAGAAGUUGAAACUGAGUCCCCAACUUGGGUUCCAUCUUUCCAACUAAACUUCUUAGCCUUAGAAAAUUGUAAAAUCAGGAACAUUCCCCACUUCAUUUCCAACCAAUACAACUUGUUUGCCCUAUCUUUGUUGUACAACUCUCUUCAAGGAACAAUUCCGUCAUGGUUGUUAUACAAUGUUACUUCACUUUCUGAAUUGUACCUGAGGGGUAACCACUUUCAUGGCCCAUUUCCUCUGCCCAUAAAAAACAGAACAUCAACACUCCAAUUUCUUGACAUCUCCGACAACAAUAUUGAGGGACAACUUCCUGGAAACAUUGAUGUGCUUUUCCCAUAUUUAAGUUUGUUUAAUAUGUCCACAAACAAACUUGAAGGCUGCAUCCCUCCGUCAUUAGCCAAUAUUAAUGACUUAUGGAUAUUAGACUUAUCGAAUAAUUACUUUGUAGGCGAAAUACCUCGUAGAUUAACUCAAAAUAAUACUUCCUUGUUUCUUUUAAGCUUAUCAAAUAACAAUUUACAUGCAAUAGGAAGUGUUUCCAACAUGAAAAAUCUACAAUUCUUAGGUCUUGAUGGCAAUCGCUUCACAACACUCUUCCCAAUUAUUCCAUCAAGCCUUCCUUCACUCGAGCUUCUAGACAUAAGUAGGAAUUCCAUAACCGGCUACAUCCAAGAUUGGCUUCCUGCUUUCCCACAAUUGGUCGCACUCCUUAUGAGAGGAAAUCAUUUAGUUGGUCACCUUCCAACUUCAUUGUGUCAGAUGAACCAAUUACGGUUUUUGGAUCUUUCAAAUAAUCGUCUGUCUGGAAGCAUACCUUCUUGCCUCAACAACAUCACCUCUUUGCUGGAAAAGUCAGAAUUACCACUUGGUACAGAUAUUAUUUUUGACAACUACAUGGAAGUAAAUAAAUUUUGCCACAAAGAGAAACAUGUACUCAUAUGAGGGUCUUCCUCUUGCCCAGAUGACCGGGAUCGAUUUUUCUCUAAACCAAUUAUCUGGUCAUAUUCCAUCUCAAAUGGGAAAGCUGAUAGCCCUGCAUUCAUUAAACCUUUCUCACAAUCUCUAAUGGGCUAUUUUCCAGAAUCAUUUCCAGGGUUGGAAAAGUUGGAGAGUUUGGAUCUCUCCCACAACAAGUUGGUGGGAAUGAUCCCUCCUCAAAUUGUUCAACUCUAUUUUCUUGAAAUUUUCAGUGUGGCAUUCAAUCAACUCUCAGGAAAGAUCCCAUAUGAGAAGAACUUUGCUUCUUUCACCCAGGAUAGCUACAUUGGUAAUCCGGGACUUUGUGGACCUCCAACUGAAGUCAAUUGUUCAUCACCUCAACCACCCCAUGAUGAAUACAAGGAAGAAAAUGUUGAUGGACAAAGUCUCAUUGACAAUAACUUAUUUUUCUAUUCAUAUGUGGCUAUUUCUUAUAUCUUGGGAUUCUGGAUUGUUGUUGCUCCUCUUCUCCCCAGCAGAAAUUGGCGUAGAAAGUACUACAAAGUUGUGGAUGGAUGCAUUGAUUGGUGUAGUGACAGAUUCUUUUGGGUCUUGUUUUAUAUCAAAAACUAUUGCUAGUCAAUAUAUUACCACUCAAAUUAAUAAAGCAGUGUAAGGGAA